AGAUUAGAACCUGAGAAAAACCGAUAAACGGAACUUACCUGAAUUACACUUCCCUAUCAUCUUGAAAAACUGUAAGUAGUACGACGGUUGUCCUCCGUAGCCUACAUUUUCAUUCACUGCCGCUUUCCUGAAAACCUUUGUUUACCGCUCUACAAUUGGCCAAUUACUUGACAGCUACAAUUUUGACCAAUGAGCGCGAGCCGUGGCCGAUCGAUGUCGGAGCGUAACCACAGAGAACAGAGUUGUUGUAGAUUUUCCUGAUGUCAUACGUCUAGCGAAUGUUGUCUGCGCGAUCGAUAAUACAAAUUGGUUUUCGGAGUUUGGGGAGGUCAUAUUGUCUUUGAGCCUUUAAUGGACGUUGAGGGUUGGUGUGGAAGGUAUUGAAAGUAACUAGAAAAGUGCAAUAAUGGAUACGACUGGUGCGUACGGCGGUGGGAAAGCUGGGGGUGCGUUCGACCCUCAGGCCUUCAUUCAGAGACCCCCUGUAAUCGUCAGGGCGGUUUGUUGGCUCUUCAGCGUGAUCGUAAUGGGCUGUAUAUCGGCCAAGGGCUGGUACAUCAGCAAGAAAGACGGCAAGGAGUACUGCGCCUACAAUGACGAUACCAACGCCUGCAACUAUGGCGUCGGCAUCUCCGUGAUCGCGUUCAUCGCUUCCAUCGGCUUCAUUGUGGGGGAAUACCUCUUUGAGCAGAUGUCGUCUGUGAAAACUAGGAAGCAUUAUGUGCUCGCGGAUAUGGGUUUCUCUGCUUUCUGGGCAUUCCUGUACUUCGUCGGCUUCUGCUAUCUGGCCAAUGCAUGGGGCAAGACCGACGACCCGCCAAUUGGGACUGCCAACAACAUGCAGGGGGCUAUCGCCUUCUGCUUCUUCUCAAUCUUUGCCUGGGUGGGCUGCGCGUUCUUCGCGUUCCAACGGUUCCGCGUGGGCGCGGACUCGGCCUUCGCGCCCGCGUACGAGGUGGAGGGCGCCGUGGCCAGCCCGGGCGCCUUCCCCGCCUACCCCGGCGCGCCCGACCCGCAGCCCGCCUACAGCGAGCCGCCCUUCUCGCAGCGGGACCAAGGAAACAUGGACUACACUGCCCCGACCUACUAAAGCCUGCGGUUCGCUCUUGCCCUUCUUAUUUUACACUCGACGCUGCAGUUGCCUACUUACUUCACUUUUUCCAAGCUAAUUCAAAGAAAAAGUGAAAAGUACGUACAGUCUCAUCUCAUCCAAGUUACAGAAAAUAUCUGCGAUACACACUUCAAACAAGACUCUACUGUACAGCUAACGCUGCUUCUUACAUAAGCGAACAACUCGCGAACGAAACACGACGCGGCGCGGCGGGCCCAAGGCGAUCGCGUUCGCAACGAGAUCGCCAGCGUAGGACAC